AUGACGCCGUACCGUCCAAAGGCCUACUAUGAAAGCUGCCUAGAGCGGCUAUAUAACCCAUCCCCUUCUGCCCACCCCGAUACACUGACUCAAGCCAUCGUUCUGAUCAUUUUGGCGACGGCAGCCCUUGGUACCGAGUAUUUCUCUUGGGGUGAUAUCUUAUACGACCGUGUCAAGGCUUCCCUUGCAUCUUACGAUGACAAUGAACAGGGUCGGCCCAAUUCCGCAUUCUUGCACCUCGGAGUAGCUUCUCGAAAAGCCGUCUCAGCAGGACUACACAAGGAUGUCCCCCAUGACAAUAUUGAAAGCCCGGAGAAUAUCGAGGAGCGACGGACUACUUUCUGGUCUAUAUACAUGUUUGAAACAUGGUUUUGCUUCCACGCGGGUCGACCUAGUUCAUUGUCAUUGCGCGACGUUGCCAUUGAAUAUCCACAAGAUCCGUUCAUCCGACUACUAGUCCAGCUUUGCAAAACAAUCUCACGGUCGACCACGGAAAUUUAUAGCGAGCGUCACGAGUCAUUGCUGCACAUGUGGCGAGUUGCUCGAUCAAUCACGGAAGACCUCCGUGCACUUGAGUUGCACAUGAAACAGACAUUAGGCUUCGGCCUCGAUGCCGACCUCAGAUCGGGCUCCCUGGGUGUGCAGCAAACGAUAUUUGUAACGCUGUACUACCAUACUGUUCUACUUACAUUCCGGCCGUUUCUCAUCUUUCGCGGGCAUUGGCGACGAGGUAAGAAAGUCCCAUCAAGCCAGUCUGCUACUAGGGUGCACAACCGCCCAAAUGAAAUUCCGUCAUGGCUUAACGAAGCUUGUAAUCAUGCUCUUUCUGCCGCCCGAAAAACUAUCCAUCACUUAUGCGAAGCCUCGGAGGCCAACGACUUGGUGAAGGAACUGCGGUACCAUGGUUAUUUCAUGGGCAGCUCGGUCUUCACGAUAAUUUACGACCUACUUAAUGAUCCAAGCGCUGCAUCCAAUCAUCUACCUUGGGCGUAUGCAACUCUGCAGAACUUAUCGACAAUGCGACCGGGCGAUCCAAUUCAAAGUACCAUCGGAGCCAUCCAGGCUGUACUGCGUAACAUCAAUCCAUCAUACGAAUGGUUACCAUACGCAAGUCAAGAAAACGACUAUGCCCUUCGCCGCGAUAACUCAAUAUCCUUCCCCCAGGGCUCUAGAGUCGCAGAGAAUCAGCAGAUUCAAGCCGGUACUUCACUCGCUGGGAACGCGUUCCUCGGCCCACUUCCUGACCUCCCUGCGUCGCAGUGGAAUUUCCCUCUGGAAUCACCUGAAACGGGGCGUUCAGGGGGGGUCGAGUGA